GCAUACUCAGUCUGGACAGUGUAUUACAAAAGGACGUCUCGUAACUAAUACACCAAAUUUGGCGCUACGUUUCUUUGCUGUAAUGAGUGAUAACUGCCUGGGUGUUGAAUCACAGUUCCGUUAUCUCAAUAACAGCGAGCUGUUACAAAAUAUCGAGACAGGAGGAACGUUUCGGCCUACCUACCAAAAAGUAUACAGAAGUCGUUUAACCUUGUUUUAUGCUGUAGCAAACAAAUCAUUAAAAUACCAAACCAGCCGUGUUAGUCACUUAAAACAGACGGCAGCUGGAGGUUUAUCUUUUUACAACGCGAAC